AUGUGGGUGUGCGGUGGAGACCUGACGGACAGCGACGCGGACUCCCGGCGUCACGGCUUCGGGCGAGGGUCGCCGUCGUUCGACUUGCGCGCCGCGACGAACUUACCCAAGCUGACCAACCGGCGCACGCAGGACGACGUCAAGAGACUCGUUUAUCACUUCAAGCAGUGGAUCGAGACCGUGGAUGGGGCGCGCGAGCGUCUGCUGCAUUUUUGGAAAGACAUCGACUCGCAAGAAAGCGCGCUGGCUGCCCUCGCGCACGACAUCCCGCGAGACGCCGACCCGCUCUCUCCACCGCGGCGAGAGGAAGAGAGCGCGUGCGAAACCUCGAAAAAAAAAAAGUUCCAAAGCCACGGAUUCGACGACUGUGUCCUCUGGCUCGGACUCGUCAACCAACACAACCGCUAUGCCGCCGUCCAACUCAAACUGCCAGAGACGUUUGAUCCUUGGGUGACGUAUGUGAACCGCGUCAUGGUCUAUUUGUUCGCCGAGAUUCCCGGCUACCAGGGACCAGACGACUUCCACCGCCUCCUCAACGUCGCACUCGAUGAGCCUUUCCCGAUGAAGUGCCACAAUCCUCUGUGCGUUCGACUGGAUCACAUCGACUACCUGCGCCGGCCCCCGUCCGCAGACGAAGACGAAGAAGAUAACGAUAACGAAGAGGAUGAAGACGAAAGCUAA